AGCACCAUGCAGCUUAAGGACUUUAUGUAUUAUCCGGAUCUUGGUUGCCAACUGGCCAUGAUACGGACAUACGAAUGGAGUGGCAGAAAGUCCGUAGCUGGCCAGCAGACAUUUAUCAAGCAAGUAUGGUUUAUUAUUGGAGCAGUAAAUCUCUUCUAUCAGAAUCUUGGCUUGGUCACCGAUCUGUGCCUGGCGGAGACUCAGGAGAUGCAACUGGCCGUCUUAAUAGCACAAAUCUCCGAGACUUGCAGCGUAUUGGGAUUAACUCUUGUUGGCGCGAGCUAUAUGUGGAUGUUGUUGCAUCAUCGCACCGAUAUUGAGACCAUGUUGGAUCAACUGCAGCAGCUGUACUCACAUCAGAGGCGACUCUAUCGGAUUGAACACUACUACCUAAAGUCGUCGCAAUUGAUGAAGUACACCACCAUCUUUUUCCUGUUCGCAUAUACUUUUUAUAAUUCUCUGCCUGUUAUUGGAUUAAUCUACAACUUGUACGCUGAUUCACAGCACAUCAUAUACAAGACCCAAUCCAAUACGUGGUAUCCCUGGCAGUUGUUCGUUACAGAGAACUCGAUGCCAAGCUUUGUUGCCUCCUAUCUGUGUCAGGCUGUAGCUUCAUUGUCUGGCGUGGCUGUCAUCAUGACCAGCCAAUUUUUGUUGUGCUUUUUCACUACACAAAUGCAGAUGCACUUCGAUGCCCUGGCCCAUGAAUUCAACACACUGGAUGCUCGUCAACCGGAUGCCAAUGAACAGCUUAAAGAAAUGAUUGCCUAUCAUUGUCACCUUCUGCACAUUGCCAACGAUAUCAAUCGCAUCUUUAACUUUAUGUUUCUAAGUACGUUUGCAACUUCGACGAUUGCCAUUUGUCUGAUGGGCUUUGCCAUGGUCAUGAUCGAUCUGGCCGCUGCCUUUAAAUACUCUGUGGGACUGUUAUCAUUUCUUGUUUUUACCAUCUUUAUUUGCUACAAUGGAACACAGUUCACUACGACUAGUGACAAAUUGAUGUUGGCCGCGUUUUACAACAAUUGGUAUGAGGGCGAUCGAAAUUAUCGCAGGAUGAUUCUUUUCUUUAUUAUGCGGUCCCGCGAAUCUCGUGUGCUGCGCACUUACAACUUUACUCCUGUCUCAAUGGCCACUUAUAUGGCGAUGCUCAAGUUCUCCUAUCAACUUUUUACCUUUUUUCGUGCCAUGAUCAAAUAG